UGCCUGCCGGCCGGCCGCCUCAGUCCGUGACGCGCGUCCGCGGGGACGGCCGUAUACCGUAUCGCGCGACCCCGUACGCCCGCGAGUGACGACUUACGUACACAUGCGCUCCUUAUACUAUAACUCUCCUUUUAUAGUACGAGUGACGCUUCAAUAAUGCUGAUGGUACAGACCAACACACAACCCAUGAAGAACAGCAAAAUUAAAGGUCCACCUCCUAUCCCGCCGCGGCCCAACCAGAGCGUCGUCGCCGAGGCCCUAGCGAAAACGAGGAAAGCGGUCGCCGACUCCAAGGCCAGUCUCGUCAAAUCUCGGACGCUGUCUAAGGAUCGGCAAGCUACGACCAAAGCCAAAACUUUAGAUCGGAGUUCCGCUAGCCCUUCGUCGGUUUCACCUAAACAGAAUGGUUUGGCCAGAGUAAAAUCGUUCAUUAAAGAUGUCAUCAGCGACCGAAGCUCCUCGUCCGAUGAGAGAAAAUCCAGCGGCCAAAACUCAAGGCGGAGCUCCAGCGACAGCAGCUCCAUACAGUCCCCAGCUUCGAAUAAGAGAUCCAACGAAUCACUUAAUUCUAAAGCGGUUAAAACAUGUAAACAAAUUUUAGUAAGGUCCUUGUCGACAUCGAAUAAACUAGAUCAAGACGCUAAGGGUAAAGUCACGAAGUCAUCAAGUUUCGUGGAAAAAACCUUACCUUUGCGUAAAGCACCACCGCCGCCUUUAUCACCAAAACCUAAGUUAAAACCAAUGAAACCUUUACCUGUACAUAGGAAUUCCUUAGAAAGAAAGAAAUCAAUACCAUCGUCUCCAAAUUCUCCAACGACUUCAACUCCCGAAGUAAGUCCUUAUUCGUCGCCAGUAGAUGCUAAACCUCCACAGAGCCCGAUAGAAGCACCUUACGCCACGGUAGAGGAAGUUCAGGAAUUCGACGACAGAUUACGAAAUAGCCCAUCAAAGCAAGUCAAUAACCUCCCGGAUACACAAAACGCCCCCGACACUCCUAAUCGUGACGAAACUGUAAAUAAAAAUAACAAUUCACUCGAACGAAAAACCUCUCGUGUCACCGAGAUGCUAAUUUCAGAAAUAAUUGCCAGUAGAAACAAUAAAAAGAACGAAGCUAAUACAGUAAUAGAUAAAGGCAAGGAUUCCGAGAAUAUGAGUAACGGCAAUGAUUCGCCGGGGAUAGUGAUGAAGGAUAUGAAUAACCACGAAAUGUUGAUCUACGAGCUGCAGACGAUGCGCUCGCAGUCGAACGUGCCAGAGACGUUGGAGCCAAAGGACCCUGUGGUCGAAAGAAGUGAAAAGUGUGAUUCUGAGGACUCCGAACAAAAUUAUGCUAUGUCGUCAAUGUCCAAUUUCAGUGGGAACACAGAUGAUGAGAGUGAUCAGGCCUAUGCGUAUAUCGUCGACGAUGAUCUCAAAUCAAGGUUACGCAAACAGUUCAAAGCGAUCAGCACGAUGUCGCUGCAGGGUCUCCCGCCGCUGCCGAAGAGUCUGAGCGGCUUCGCGGAGGGCGAGCCGGAGUCCCCGCCCGCCGCCGUCGUGGACGACCAGAAGCCCCCCACUGAUCUCGACUCGCAACUCACCUAUUUGAAAAAAGAAAUGGCGAGCCUCCGUCAGUUGGACCUGUCGCUGCUGUCGGAGCUGUGGUCGCUGAGCGAGGCCAUGGCGUCGUGGCGCCGGCAGCUGGAGCGCGGCCCGAGACUGCGCCCCGCGCCGCCGCCGCCGCCCCCGCCGCACUACCUUAGAACUUAAGUUAAAAUUAUCCUUUCAACCACCACUACCUAACAUCGUAAGAACAGACAAAUACACGAAAGUUUUAUUAGAAAUUUAGAAUUCUGCUAACACCUGUGGAACCUACAUUUUUUCUUUGAGGAAACCUUAUUGACUUAUUUAUUACGAAGAUCCUGUUUUAAGACUGCAUCGACCGUCCAGUGGCGGCCUGAUUGGGGGAAUUGUGUUUUCUAAUAAACCAAUUACCUAACUAUUACUUUUGGUGUUUGUCACAUAGUUUUAUUUUGCUUUAUCACCUAAACUGAAAAAUGUGGCCACCAUUUUCUAACAUGUGGCCACCGUUUAACACAUUAAAAUUAACAACUCGAUCAGAUAAAAGUUACAUUUUGUACGGUAACGCAGCAGAAAAAAGUUUGCCGCAAUAGAAAAAUCAGGGACACAUUUUUGUAUGGGAGCAAAUUUUUGUCCGUUGCGUUACCGUACAAAAUGUAAUUAUUAUCUGAUUACAUUGUACAUUUUUAUGUGUUAAUUCAUUACUUAUGGACCUAAUAAGUUUUUGAAAAAACGAUUUUUUUUUGCUAGGCAGUCUAGGGACACGAAAUCAGUGUUCUAAAAGUUGAUUCACCCAUUUGUAAUAAAGGGUGUCCAAUUUAUCAAUCCUUUGUUUCCUUCUGUUGCAACCUGUUGUAAGAUCCCGGUACAAAAAAGAUCUUAAUUAAUGUGAGUCUAGUGAGUCUACAACGUCACUAAAUUUAUAAAUCUUCAAUUGUAAUGUAGAAUGUUAAAUUAUAGAAACUAUUCCAAACGCAUUUAUCAAAUUUCAGGUGACGGUGUUUCUGUUGUUUGCUUGUAUGAAAAAGUUAUACCUAGUCUGGCCAACCAUUUCGACACUAUCUUCAGACCUUCAUCAAUCACAUAUAAUAUAUACCCAACCCUUUCUUUGGGAUGUUAAUAUUAGCGUUAGAAUAAUAUUAUGAUGUGAUUGGUUGGCUAAACUAUCUAAAUAACUUUGCAGAUCACCACAGACAUAGGUAAUGUGUAUAUUGUGUGGAAAAAUAUUUGUUUGCAAUUGUAAGAUUUUUUAAAUAAAUCAUGACUGUUUCAAA